AUGGCGGCCGCCUCAGCAUCUAGCCGUGUCCAGAGGCGGGCCACGAAAGAAGGCGCCCAGGGCACCCUGUCAGCAGCGGGCUCUGCAGUCGACUCUCUCACCAAACCUGUCAGUCCACCCGGGCCGUCCGGCCGCCCCGGUCUCCUCCACUGGGACGACCUCCCGGCCUGGCGCCGCGACAACGUCUUCAUCCGGCACGGCUAUCGCCCGACGUCCAACAGCUAUGCGGCGUCGAUAUGGAGCAUCACGGCCGUGCACAACGAGUCGGUCAACGUGUGGACACACCUUGGCGGUGCCGUCGUGGCCGCCGUUCUGGGCGGCUGUCUGUAUCUCGAGCGGGGGCCGAUUCACGAGACGGUCGGCCGGCUGGCCGGCGAUGGGAGCGUGCUCGCAUUGGCGCUCCUGCCGUCCACCCAGUCGGCCUCCUCCCUGCUCGUGCUCUCCUGCUUCGCCGCCGGUGCUGUCGCCUGUCUUGGCAUGAGCGCCACCUAUCACGCCCUCAGCAACCACAGCGCCUCGGUUGCUCGUUGGGGCAACAAGCUCGACUACUCCGGCAUCGUUCUCCUCAUCGUUGGCAGCUACAUGCCCACGCUCUACUACGGCCUCUUCUGCCAUCCCCGCUGGCUGGCCGUGUACAUGUAUCUGAUCAUCCUCCUUGGCCUCGCCUGCCUCGCCGUCUCCUGGCUCGACCACUUCCGUACUCCUCAGUGGCGCCCCUAUCGUGCCAUGCUCUUUGUCGGCCUGGGUGCCUGCGGUGUCAUCCCCAUCGCCCACAGCCUCUUCUUUCUCGAGGGCCGGGAUAUUGCCGCCGAAGGCUUCGUCGACUCGCUCGCCACACGCUUCCACCGCCUCGACGCCCGCAUGGGUCUUCGCUGGGUUCUCCUCCAGGGCGGCCUCUACAUCUUCGGCGCCUUUCUUUAUGCCGCCCGUCUGCCCGAACGCUUGCGUCCCGGCCGCUUCGACAUCUGGGGCAGCUCACACCAGAUCUUCCACGUCUUCGUCCUCCUGGCUGCUGCCACUCAUCUCCGCGGUAUCGUGCAGGCAUAUACGCACCACCACGUCGCCAUGGGAGCCCAGUGCCCGGUCCCACCACUGUGA